CCGGCGGCGGCGCGAACGGCAGCGAGGAGGGUGGCUCCGGGCUUGUUGCUCACCGCGACUUCCCGCGCAGGGCCCGGCCGGACAAGGACCCGCAGCCUGGGCGGCGCUGGAGGAUGCGGCUGCGGCCCCGGGCAGCCACAGCGGGAAGCCUGGCGCCCUGCAGGUCGGCAGUUGAGUAGCUGGGGCCGCGGAGGGCUUGAAGCCUUCACAGUGAUGGCGGAGAAGAGGCCACUGGGGACGCUGGGGCCUGUGAUGUAUGGCAAGCUGCCCCGCCUAGAGGCAGACUCCGGGCCUGGGCACAGCCUGCCCACCUCUGCUGGUAACCAGGACCCCUGCAGCUACAAGGGUGCCUACUUCUCUUGUCCCGUGGGGGGUGCUCCCAAGGCAGGGUCAGAACGGUUCGCUUCCUGGACCCCAUACCCACCCUUGUACCCUACCAGCAUGGCAGGACCCCCACUUCGGACAGACAGUCUCUUGAGCAACUGCCUGCUCUACCGCCCACCAGCAGAAAGCUCUGAGAAGGUACAAGACUCUGGCCCUGUUGAGCUCCUGCCUUUCAGUCCCCAGGCUCAUUCCUACCCAGGCCCACCACUGGCUGCACCCAAACCUGUCUACCGCAACCCUCUGUGUUAUGGGCUUUCCCCUUGCCUGGGGGAAGGGCCACCGAAGAGACCACUAGAUGUUGAUUGGACGCUGGUGACUGGGCCCCUCUUACCCUCGGCCAAUUCCCCUUGUUCUCUGACCCCAGCUCCUGGAAAGGGCCAAUCCCUGGAUGGCUCUUUCUUGCGUGGGGUGCCAGCUGGGGGAUCUGGCAAAGACUCCUCAGUGAGCUUCUCUCCAUGCCAAGCAUUCCUAGAGAAGUAUCGGACCAUCCACAGCACUGGCUUCCUGGCCUCCAAGUAUGCAGGUCCUUACUCUGGGGACUCCAAGCAGGCAUUGUCCGAGGGACCCCCGAGUCCUUGGACCCAGCUGGCCCAACCCCUGGGACCAGCCUGCCAGGAUGCAGUGCCGACCCACUGCCUGCUGCCUCACCCCCCGCAGGCCCUGCCUUGCCCUCCAGCCUGUCGCCACCCAGAGAAGCAGGGCAGCUAUAGCUCAGUGCUCCCAGUGCAGCCUCUGGGAGCUCACAAGGGGGCUGGGUACCCAGCUGGUGGACUGAGCAGCCCCUACCUGAGGCAGCAGGCAGCCCAGACACCCUAUAUGCCCCCAGUGGGGCUGGACACUUAUUCCUACCCCUCUGCACCCGUCCCAGCACCCUCACCAGGCCUCAAGCUGGAGCCACCUCUCGCUCCACGCUGCCCACUGGACUUUGCCCCCCAGACACUGGGCUUUCCUUAUGCGCGGGAUGAUCUCUCUCUCUAUGGAGCAUCCCCAGGGCUUGGAGGGACACCACCUUCCCAGAACAGUAUGCAGGCUGUUCCACAGCCCAGUGCCUUCCAGCGGGCGUGCCAGCCUCUACCUGCCCGCCAGCCGUGCUCAGAGCCUAUGAGGCCUACGGAGAAACCAGUACAGGAAGCCGAGGAGAAGAUAUGGCUGCCCAGCUGCAGGAAAGAGCAGCUCCAGCCCCAGCUUGAUGAGCACCUGGGGGCACCCAUUGUCAUCGGAGACAGUCCUGUUCCCUGCACCCCACCAGCUCUCCCUCCCUGUGCUGAGGAGCGCCAAUCUCUUCCACAGAAUGAGGGCAUGCUGCCACCCAGCUCUCCACCCAUGCCUAUUAUCGACAAUGUCUUCAGCCUGGCCCCCUACCGUGACUACCUGGAUGUGCAGGCACCUGAGGCCACAGCUGAGCCUGACCCAGCCCCAGCCCCAGCCCCCAGUGAGAGCCAUGACAAAGACUGCAAGGGAACCCUGCCUGCCCAGGAGGCCCCCUCCAGGGCGCACUGCUCACUUAGGGAGGAGAUGGCACUGGACUUGAGUGUGAAGAAGCCAGUGGCAGAGGCUCCUCCUCUCAAUGUCCCUAGUCCUGUGGUGCAUGCCAAGCCCACUGUAGCUGUGGAUGUGCCGGGCACAGGGAACACAGUCUCAGACAUGCCAGGUAUGGGGAGCACAGUCCCGGAUCCGCCAGGCCUGAAAAAGACAGUCACAGAAGCACCUGGGCUACCUGGGAUGCCAGUGACCACAGAGGCCACCCCGAGGACCAACUUCCAUAGCUCCGUUGCCUUCAUGUUCCGGAAAUUCAAGAUCCUCCGGCCAGCACCCUUGCCUGCAGCUGUGGUCCCAUCUGCACCCACCUCAGCCCCUGAGCCUGCACAGCCUGCACCCACCCCUGCAUCUGUGCCCAUUGGACUACAGAUUCUCACCCAGCCCUUGCCUGUGGCCUGCUUCAACCUGGCACUGCCCAGCCCUCCAGCUGUAGCCAUGGCCUCCCCAACCCCUGCUCCAGCUCCGUCACCUGCUCCAGCUCCGGCUCCACUUGCAGGCCCUGCUCCAGCUCCGGCUCCACUUGCAGGCCCUGCUCCAGCUUCUACCCCCACCACAGCAGACUCCCCAGAGCAACACUUUGCAGGACUGCAUGCGUCCCUAUGUGACGCCAUCUCAGGUUCAGUGGCCCACUCUCCACCUGAGAAGCUGCGUGAGUGGCUUGAGAUGGCUGGGCCCUGGGGCCAGGCAGCAUGGCAGGACUGCCAGGGUGUGCAGGGGCUGCUGGGCAAGCUGCUAUCCCAGCUGCAGAGCUUCGUGUGCACACAGCAGUGCCCCUUCCCCCAUGUGGUGCGGGCCGGCGCCAUCUUUGUGCCCAUCCACCUGGUAAAGGAGCGGCUCUUCCCUCGGCUGCCGCCUGCUUCCGUGGACCAUGUGCUGCAGGAGCAUCGCGUGGAGCUGCGUCCUACCACGCUGUCGGAGGAGCGGGCACUGCGGGAGCGGGCCCUGCACGGCUGCACCUCACGCAUGCUGAAGUUGCUGGCGCUGCGCCAGCUGCCUGACAUCUACCCUGACCUGCUGGGCCUGCAGUGGCGUGACUGUGUACGCCGCCAGCUGGGUGACUUGGACACUGAGGCUGGAACUGUACCCUCCUCAGAACCCACCAUGGCCAGAGAUGAGCCAGAGAACCUAGCCCUGGCUUGGAAGUCACCUGUCCCCAAGGCCAGGAAGCUGGGAAGGAAGCCAUCAACCCCUGGCCCAGAGAAAGCAGAGGCAACUGCUGGGGGAGCGUCCCAUGGUGCCUCACCUACUCCUGCUGCCAGUGCCAGCCCACCCGGCCCCACACUGAGGGCCCGCUUCCGUAGCCUGCUGGAAACUGCCUGGCUCAAUGGCCUGGCACUGCCCACUUGGGGCCACAAAACCUCAGGACCAGACCGGCCCACGCCCCACCCACAGCUGUUGGGCAGCCAGAGCCACCACCUGUAGCAUUGGUCACGGGUGCUGUCUGGGAGUCACGCUCCCUCCCCCUCCCUUCUUCGGCUGCCUGGGGUCAGGAGUGGACAUGCCCUUGGAGUUCCUCCAGCUCUCACCCUGCACCCCCACCCCCAGGUUGGGCUGAGAGCCCCUGAGCUUUUAACUUGAAGGCCUUUGUUAGAAAGGACUCCUUCCUAUUUCUUCCUUAGAGAAAAUGUGGGCUUUGGAGUCCAACAGAUGUGGUUUUGAGUCCUGGCUCCUGUGUUCCUUGCUGUGUAACUGGGCAGGUCACCUCCUCUCUUGAACCCUCUGUUCCCCAUUUGUAAAAUAGGACAACGCAGCCUACCUCGCAGGGUGUUGUGGGGGUAAUGCCUAACACACCCAUUAUGGUUUGCUCUCUGCUCCCUGCCCAGGACAGGGGCCUAGAUCUCAGCCAGGGUCUAGAAUGUGAGGCUGAGGCAAGCAGAACCUUCCUCUAGAAAGUCUGUGUAUGUCAUAGGACUUGGUUUUCUCAGAGUGGUACAUUGUACGUGUGUGUGAUUCACACUUUCUAGGGUCAUCCCCCAGAAAGCCUAGGGCCAUAGCCCCAGCAUUUGGGGUUGGGCCCCAACCCCCAGCUGGGAGCUCCCUGAGGGAGCCUACCCCUCCCCUUCCCCAUGACAGGGGGCACAAGGAUACAGCCUGGGGCUGGCAUCCUUGUCCUGGGCCUGCUGCUCUCAACUCAGGAGGCCCCAGGCCUGUCCUGAAUUGACACCAGUGAUUUUCCUGAGCUGCCUCUGCCACAUGGUGCAUUAUCCUGAGAAAGUUGUGUGUUUGCUGGAAGCCAAGCAGCUGCAGGGACUCAGGGACUAGAAGGGACAGGCUGCGCAACCCCUCAGUUCUGGGAAGUCUCUGAAGAGAUGUACUGAAGACCCUGGCACUCCCCAAGCCAGAACCCCAUCAGCCAGCCUGCUGUGGCUUACCUCCUUGCAGAGUGCUGAACAGCUGGAGGCUUGCAAACUGGGCCUUUGGCCCAUUUAAGGUUUUGUAAUAAGGCUGUGGGCCCUGGAGGCAGGCCAUUAAACAUUAAAGCAUUGGGGUUGUUGUUGGACCUGGGGCUUGGCUGUGUUGGAGGAGGUGGGUCAGGGUCAGCUUGGUCUGGUCAUCACCAGGUGCCUAGCCCUCUGCCCACAGGCUGCAGCUCUCCCUGUUCCUGCCCCCGAAGAUGCUGGGGCUCUCCACACCCUAUGCCAGCUGGCUCUGGCCAGGUGGGCCCUUGUCACAUGCCCACGGGGUAGCCAGUUACCUGCUCAGGGAAAGUGCCCCCCUUUCUUGGCCUUAGGCCACUGCCCAGUCACCAGGCCCCAGCACAUGCCCCUCUCCCAGGACCAAGGGUGUGCCCGCCAAAGUCUAGGUAGAACAGAAGCUGUUCCCCCCUACCCAUGUUGGUGACUGCAUCCCAACAAGGGACGGCCCCUCCCACACAUUAGCUGGGCUAAGGACCCCUGCAGACACCCUAUGCCUGCUGGGCUCUUUUCCCACAGAGGUUUGUUCUCAGGUCUGCUGAGGUGGCUUCCUGGAUGUGGUUUCACAUUCCAUCUGGGCCAGGAGCCAGUCCGCUAGGGCUGGUCAGACCUGCCUGGCAUUGACCCUAAUCUUUGUGGGUUUCACUGAGCCCAGUGACGCUUUUCCUCCUGUGCCUCCCAACAGCUGGAGCGUGGCCUUGCAUGGGGCAGGAUCUAGAGUGCAGCUGCCAUUGUCCCAGUAUUGUAUGCAUAUGGGCCAGAAGAGGUCCCUGGCUUGUGAAAGGGACAGGCCAGGAGAUGGGCAACUCCAACAUAUUAUGGUCACUGCAGCCACAGAACCUGAGAGAAGGGCACUGGAAACUCAGGAGGGGCCUGUCUUGCCUGGGGAUGAGUAGGUGUCCUUGGGUCCCAAGAGGUGCUGUGUGAAAUGGGUGAGCCUUGAAGACAAGUAGGAAGAAGUAGGUAAAAACAAGUGUUGAGUGCCAUCUGAGCCAGGUGAACAGCAUGUGCAAGGGCCUAUGGGUAUGUUUGGAAAAGGGAAAUACCCAGGUGUGGCUGGAGUGCGGGGAACUAGCCGGAGGAGGGGGAGGGGACAGGGCCAGAAAAAAUGGCUCAAAAUCCAAUGCAACUCAUUCAGUCCUGCAAGCUGGAGAACAGAGGGUGUGGUCCAUGUGAAGUGCCAAGAGUUUGAAUCACCUGAGGCUUGUGUAGGGGAAGAGGGAGAAUCCCCCACCUUUCCUUCUGGAUCUUAUGACUGGUCAAAUAAAGUGACAUAAGGCAGGUUAGCAGAAGAAAAUAAAAGUUUAAUUACAUGCAUAUAUGGGAGAAACCCUGGAAAACUGAGUGACUCGCCAAAAUGGCCAAAGCUGCCACCUUAAAUACCAUCUUCAGUUAAAGACAGGUGGAUGUUGGUAGUGGUUUGGGAUUUCAGAAGGGAGGAAGGCAAUUCACACGGAAGUGGAAAUGCAAAUAUUUGUUGAACAAGUUUCUGCUGGGCCAAAAAUGGGCUGCCUGGUGCCUUUCUAUCACACCUAUUUUACAUUAUACUAUAGUUACCUUAUGGUAUUAGCUCCUUCCAGGAACAGGCCUUCUAUGUUAAAUUCUUUUAGGUAGUUUGGGGGAAGGUCAAAUGUUCUUCCUGUGUCUUCUGAGCCUUUAUUAUCUUCAGCUCAAAAUAAUCCGCAUGCCAGAGUAGCACAUCUUGCAGUGGCCUUCCUUGAACCCCAGCGCUCAUAAUUCCUGUUAUGUUCCUAUCCCACCCUGGGGACCCUGCUGCUCUCCCACCUUAGCUGCUAGGAACCCCAUCCCCACUCAACCGGGGGACAUGGAGACCAAGCCAGGAGGCCACAGCCUGCUGGGGGCAAUAUCCAGUGUUUGUGUCCCUUCUUAUGGGGUGCACUUGGGUGAGAGACUCUGGGGAGACUACAGCUCCCCUCUUCCCCACCCUUGUGUGGGUGGGCUCCCAGCUCUGGAAUCUGACCAGAAGGAUGGGACUGCCCCUGUCAGAGGCAGGUCUGAGUAGUCCAGGCCCAGUCGUACCCUCAAGCAGGGCUCCUGUGUUUGUUUUUCCAGCUAGCCAGUGGCCUCAAAGCCCCUGUGAUGUCUAGGUGACCGAUGUCCCAUCCCACUGUAUCCCCUGCUCCUGAGGGGAGUCUGGCUCCAGCCCUGGAACUUGGAUACCUUCGUGUUGGAGGCCUGUGUCAGGUUCCCACACAGCGUGCCCAUGGCUAGGGCAGCUACCUUGUUGGAGGCCCCAGGCCUGACAGGGCUCCCAUGCUCCUCUAUUCUGUUCUAUGCAUGUCACCUGUGCAACGUUCCUGAUGAAUCUGGGCUCUGUUAGCUUCUGCCAACUCAGCUGGGAAGUUGCUGACAGUAAGGAGAAUAGUGCCACCCGGACUACGUAGGGAGAGGCCUGCUUUGUGGGUGGGUGGAAGAAGGCCUGAGGCAGGAUGUCUGGGGGCUCCUCCCUACUUAUCUUCCCUUCUCUGUUGCCCUCAAAGAAGGCAGUUUUCUCCACGUCUCCUACCCCGCCCCAAUCACCCACCAGUUCAGACAUCUUGUGCACAGCGGCAGCCAAGGCACGCCAGCACAUGGAUACACCCAGCCUGUAGCUCCUGGGCCGUGGACCUGUGAGUCCUGUCCUGGAUGAAUCUCCUUGGCAGAUUCUUUAAGACAGCUUUGUUGGGUGUCCUGGGCUGGGCUAGGCCCCCUCCCCACAGCACCGACAUUUGUUUGUCAAGCCUCAACAAGACAGUGGGCUCAGGGCAGGGAUAUGGUCUGGUGUGAGUGGACAGGGGUUUGUCAAUGGUGUGCGUCUCCUCAAGCUCUUUGCCCCUGUGGUCUUUGGGCAUGAUGCCCCCCAUGUUUAGGUACCUGCGUAUAGCUACAAGUGCCUCCUCUCCCUCAGGCCGGUGUCAAGGCAUGUAUAGUUCCAGGAAGAAGCCCAAGUGCAAAGCCAGGCUUGGCAACGUUCCCCAGGGGCUGACAGCCCCAGCCAACCAGCCGUGGACCUGGGCUCCCUCCCCAGCCUGCCUGGGCCCAGCUGACCUCUGUCUGCUUCUGGCCCCUCCUGUGCCUGCCAUGCUCUCAGCUGAACAAGACUGUCUUGCCUAAUUCCUUGACUAUCCUCAACAGGAAGUUUAUAGAGCCACUUGGGGGCAUCACAUCUGUCUACGAGGCUCACCUUGGUAAGCCUGGGUCAGGCUGGAGGUAGCCAGGGGUCAUGCUCUCCUGCUGGGAUCGAGUCCCAGGGCCUCCCAUCAGUCCUUUUCCAGUGAACAAUGGCCUGGUGGGCAGCUGCCCCUUCUCCCCUGCAGGGUACCUGGACGGGGUUUGGGGCAGGAAGGUCAGGCAGGUGGUCUGUUCCUGCACCCCUCCCCCCAAGGCUUGUUGGAGCCCACCCCUGCCUGCCUCCCCCUCCUGCAGGGGCUGAUUUGAGGAUCCCAGGAGGGUAGUGGGGGUGGCCUCAAAGCAUUCUCUCUGGCCUUCAGGCCCUGGGAAACCAACAGGGCCUGGGCUGGGCUGGCUUGUAUCUCACACAGCUGUCUCCCAAGACCUGGGGCUGCAUGCCCUGUCCCCGGGUAGUGGAAGGAAGAAGCAGAGUUUUGCCUUCCAGGUUCAGAUCCUGGUUAAGCUCCUGCCGUGGGAUGUGGUCAAGAACACAGACUGUGGAGUCAGACAGCAGGGUUUUGAGCCCAGCCCUGUCACUUGGUCAUUUAACCUCUGUGCUUCCCUUUCCUCAGCUAUAAGAUGGGGUACCAGUGCCUGUUUCCUGGGUACUUGAGAAGUACUUGCUUGUUAACAUGCGCUGAGUUCUGGAGGAGGGGACAGCAUUGCAUCUUCAUCCCUCUGAGCCUUUGUUUGUUCAUCUGGAGAACGGGGCUGCUCAGCUCUGGGGUUGCUGUGAGAAUUAAAUCUGUAUAAUGCUGGUGGGGCCUGUGGGAAGAGUGUCCUGCACACCCCACCCUGCCCAUAGGGAAAAUUCCUUAGGAAAGACUCACUUAUCAGGAUGGGGAAGCUGGUAUUCCUGGCUCUGGGGCCCUGGGGCCGGGGCCUCCCCACAGUCCUGCAGACCCUGGUGGUGGCCGUCCAGCCUGAUGGCCAUCUGGCUGGCUCAUCUUUCCAAGUGAACUCUUUCUCCUUAUAUGUUGCAGGUACUGUCGUGUCACCUCCAGAAAGGCCACACUAGGUGUGUGGGUUUCCUUCCCUUUACCCCCUCUGAGGGUUACGCCACCUCCCUAAACCCACCGUGUUCACCAGAUGUGUGUAAACUAUGUCUUGGUGCAAGGCCUCACACAAGGCACGACACAGCCUGGUUUGUGGAGGGCCAGGGAAGCAGAUCCCAAAGAAAGGAGGGGCCCAGAGCUCACCCUCAGGCUCUGUCCCCCUUCAUCCCGCCGCCUCCUCUCCCAUGUCACCUACCAGAGCUCCCAAGCUCAUGGAGGUAGUUUGAGAGAACAAGGUGGGCACAAUCUUUCCUCCUGUUUUAGGCAUCAUGGCAGUCAGGGGAGCAUCUUCCAGGGCCCCCUUCUCCACCCUGGCCUGCCCUAGCCCUUUAGUCAGAAGUUAUGGGUUCAGGGAGAGUGGGGACUGACCUGGCAUAUGUGCAUAUAUCAAGGUGGUCUUCAGGGUGCUGGGGUAGAGCCUUGUGGGGCAGGAGUCCCUCAGGGGUAUGAAUGAGAGGUUGCAUAUUACAGAAGUGCAGAGGAACCUACCACCAGCUACCGUCAACCCCUACGUGGUGACCUUCCUGCCGACCCUCUUUGGCAUCUUACUGGGUAAGCCUGCGGUCUGGGCCCUGGGCUCCUGGGUCCCACUGGGCCUGCUGGCUUUCCUGCAGGUGGGGGAGACUUUAGGGCAAGACUACACCUGAGUCCCCACCAUCCCCCUGCACCACUGCUACCAAAUCUUUCUUGUGUCCUGGUGGGCUCAGAAGCUGCUAGUUUUGUGGGUCAAGGCCUUUGCCUACCUGGGGUAUCCAGGAGAUUGCCAAGCCUGCCUCCCACCCUCAGACCAAUAGGAUGCUGUCAGGGUUGGCCUCGCUGCCAGACCUCCCUGAGCCUGGCUUGCCCGUACGGCCCCACACUGUUCCUGGCGAAGCCCGCACAUCCAGUGGCUCUGAGUUGCUGUGUAGCAGCCAGGCCUCGCUUUGGCCACCAGCACCCAAGCCUUCUGGUCUGGGGCUGGGCCUUGCCCCCAGAAGCCCCCAUUCCCACACUUGACCCUGUCAGUCUUCUGCCCUGACCUCCUCCUGUAGGCUCUACUCUAGGCCUCUCU